CUAUGAUACGAGUAUAAGAGGUAACAGGUGUUCAUAGAUGUCACCAUAUCAUCUAUAAUAUUUACCGAUUCGAUUCGAAGAAUCGAUAUAUCUCGGCUUUUGUUUCGGUUUCUUAGAUAUACACAUCUUGUUCAUUGAUUGAAGACCUUAAUCUUGGUUGUUUCAAAUGGGAAUGAACAAUGAAGAAUCUCGGAUCAUUCAAACCAGACCAAAGGGGAAACCGGAGCGGAAUAUGGUGAAAUCCCUUUUCAUGACAACGGAAAACGGGAGACCAAACAGUAUGAUCGUGAAGCGAGCACAUCGGGUGAUACCUGCUCAUAUCAUUGCAGAAGCCAUAUCGACGCUCCAUGGCAUAGACCUCAGAUGGUCGGGGCCGAUUACGCCUGCAGAAAUGCAAUAUGUCGAACAAUAUGUUGUUGCGAAAUAUCCAGAGUAUUCGAACGCAUUGGUUGAAGGAAAAGACAAAACCGACCUUUACGAGCUUUGCGUCAAAGAAGAGCCUUCGGAGCCUUCACUCGACGACAAGCGAAAAUCCCCACGAGGGGUAAUUCGGGAAACGUCUGGAAGCAACUUUCACGAUCUCGUAAGAAUCGAGCUCGAGCCAUCAAGAUUGCUCGAUAUACUCACCAAGAAGUCCUCCUAUCUUGGAAGCUUCAUAUCCAUACCUGAAAUUCAAGCACGAAACAAAGUUUUAAAGCACUGUGGAUUACCCGAUAACGAGUAUCUCGUUCUCUUCGUUUCGAGCUAUAGGGAUGCCAUGAUGUUGGUCGGCGAAAGCUACCCGUUUUUCCGCGGGAAUUUCUACAUGACGAUCAUAAACGAAGAACACGACUACAUAAGAGCAUUUGCGGGCUACAAAGAUUCAAAAGUGAUAUCGGCACCUGAGUCAUGGUUAGAUCUAAGGAUCAAAGGGUCGCAACUCAGCCAAUACUUUAGAAGGAAAAGCAAGAACUGCCCGAAAGGCCUGUUUUCUUAUCCUGCAACGGUAAACGGGACCAAUUACUCGAUGCAUUGGGUUUCGGAAGCCCAUAGAAGCUCGUGGCACGUUUUGCUUGAUGCAACCGCAAUAGUUAUGGGGGAAGAUCGGCUCAAUUUGACUCUCCAUAGGCCCGAUUUUGUGCUAUGCAGUCCCGAUAACACAAGCGCACAUCCUUCAAAGAUUACGUGCUUACUUGUUAGGCGGAAAUCAUUCGAAACUACAUCGGCACCACAAGCGUUAUGAGUAGCGGUUUCUUGUAAUCGAUUCAACAGUUUACUCCUUAAAUUUAGAACCUGUUGGAGUUGGCUUAGCUUGAGGUACUUGACUAUAUUUAGCAUGUAAAAUUAUUCUCCAUAGUAAUAAAAGCCAUCAAAAGAUUGUACCCC